UACUUUAUAUUCAGUAACAACCACAUUGAGGGAACUCUCCCGGAGUCGGACAGUGUAUUAUUGCGCACAGAGAGAGGAGAGACGCAGCGCGAGGACAAUAUUAUGACUCAACCGUUUACUUUAUGACUAUAGCUCUCAACAGGAACCGGCGGAUGCCUUACUAAAUAUAGACAACAACCAUUGUCAUAUAAACGUUUUUGACAACAAACAUUUACGGGUGUGGUGUUGUCCUGCGAUCUGUUGGAGUUGAUGUUUAUACAUUUGGACUUCUAGAUUUUUGACCAUUCUUUGCCUUCCUCAAACGGACCUACUGCUGCGCUAAAAGUGGCUUUCUAAAGGGUGUCCCCAGGUGAUGACCUCACUGCUGUUCUCCAGUCCCGCCCACGUCGUCAUGAAGGACUGCGAGCCUCUGCCAUCCUCCUUCACCCUGCUCCACUACCCUGGGACGACGGUCACCGCCAAGACCCCCGGGGAUGACCCCUUCCCCGCCUCCACCCCCCACUCCUCCACCUCUCCAUCCCUCUCCAAACCCCAGCCCUUCUGCCUGCAGACCCUCCAGACCAGCCCUCACCUCCUCGCCAGCAUGCAGCUCCAGAAACUCAACUCCCACUACCAGAGUCUGGCUGGAGGCAGCGGUGGUUCAGGGCCCAACUCAGGGCCUCAGAGGGGGUUUGGGGGCUCGACGCUGGGCUCUGCUGGGCAGCUGGUGGGGGGUACCCCUGAAGUUAGUGGAGGGGGGAACCAGAAUUGUGGAUCUGGCGGCAUUAUAGAUUCUGACCCGGUGGAUGAAGAGGUUCUGAUGUCGUUGGUCAUAGAGCUGGGUUUGGACAGGGCCAAUGAGCUGCCUGAGCUCUGGCUGGGACAGAAUGAGUUUGACUUCAUAGCGGAUGUAUCUGCUGGAUGUUGACCCGCCCGGAUAGAGGGAUGGAAGGAGGGGAUCUGUGCUCUCUCAUUCUUUCUUUUCUUCUGUUAGUCUCUCGUUUGGAUGGACACAUACUCUGAUGUCCCUGCUGGGUACUAACCCAAACACGCAUAAUCUGACAUCCCUGCCGGGUACUAACCCAAACACACAUACUCUGACAUCCCUGCCGGGUACUAACCCAAACACACAUACUCUGACAUCCCUGCUGGGUACUAACCCAAACACACAUACUCUGACGUCCCUACCGGGUACUAACCCAAACACACACAGAAAGAGAAACUGUCCUUUGUUUUUUUCUUUUUUGUGGGUCAACGUCUCAGUUUUUCUCUGAAAGAAACAUGAUGAACACAAACUGUACCACCCUCUCACACUCGGGUGGGGUUCCGUCUUGUGUCUUUCUGUGUGUGAGUGUGUCACAGAGAGGGUGAUGACGUCAGAGGGAACUUGUUGACCAGUGAAUCACCUUUUAUUUACUCCUUGGUGGAGCACAAAGGACUCUGAUGCGGCUUUGAGGGUUGUGAACAUCCAAAGGUUCAACAGAAACCAAGACAGGACAAAACCCAUAGGGUCCGCCCUAUCUAUAUUUAACAGUAGGGAAAACACUGAAGGAUAGAAAUAGCCAUUCAGAGACAAAAGCCUUUUACCUGAGCCUGGGGCCUGUCUCACUGUACAUCACAUGGGCCUCCUACACACACGCACACGCGUACACACCGACGGAAGGAUGGAUGGAUGGUAUUACGAUCCGGUAAUGGAAGUUGCAGCCGUGAAACAGGCACUUGUUCAGUUACCCUAGCAUUCAGGAGAGUUCAGGGGGUUUGAUGUGACGCUAGGGUGUGAGAGAGAGAGCGCAUCAGAGAGAUGAGUGAUGUGUGUGCAUGCAUGUGUACCUGUGUGUGAGAGGUUGUAUGAGACAGGAGACAGACAUGACAGGAGGCCUGUGUAGUGUCCAUGGACCAGUAGAUCAAUGUAACCUGACCUGUAUGGCACUGUCAGUGUCUGUAUCUAAAUACAUUAUUGAGUCUCAACGUCAGUGGUCUUCAUGUAACUCUGUAGGAGGGAACGAAUCAGUUCCCCCCCCCCUCUGUCUUUCUCUCUGUUUCUGCCCGAUCUCCCUCUCUCUCUGUAUGUAUUGUAAGUCUCUCCAUCUCUCGCUCUGUCUAUAUCAAAUGGAUGAUGUCUGAAGAAGCAAGGAGAGCUAUGAGACUCUCUCUCACCCCCCCACCCUCGCCUUUGUGUCCUGGUCAAAAGUAGUGCACUAUAUAGGGAAUAGGGUUCCAUUUGGGAUACACACAAUCUAUUAGUUAAUGAGGGUUAAGGUUACAGUUAAAGAUGGCUGACUUAUACUUUUUCGGGGGUGAAAUGUGAGCGCUGAAGACGAAUUGAUGAUAAACUGAUGAUUGAGUCAUUGACUGAUUUACUUACAGUACCUACCUUGUAAAGAUUUUUUUUUAAAUUAUGUCUUGUGUAACCCAUUUACGCGAAAUGUAAGAGGAAAAGUUUCCAUUGACUAAAUUUCACAGGUUCCAGUGAAUAGAGCCCUAAGCCUGAAUUACAUUGCAUCAACAUGCUGUGUGUAGGGGAGUCUGCAUGUGGAAAAACCACGUUUUGACACCCAGGAAAUUGAAGAUAACUAAUGGUAAAUACCAACUUGUAAUUUCCUGAACAAGAACCCUUUGAGCUUACUGACUGUAGCAAGAGCAUUUACUUUCAUUUGUUUUUGUUCGUUUGGCUUAUUUGACAUUUCACAUAUUUUUGUGAUUUAUUUUGUUUUAGGGCGAGAAACCUCUUGCUAUUGAUUUUGUAAAAGAAAAAAAACCAAUGUUUGAAAUAAAUGUAUAUCAGUUACUAAUGAAUCACUUGUCUAGUAGAUACUGCACUGAUUGUAUGGUCCUAAGUUUCUCUCUUAAAAUCACACCUUUUUCAAUUGAAGCGUUUCUUUUGUUUAAGAGAAUGGGAGGUGGACCUAUUGCUUAAUUUUUCUCUCUUCUUUGAUUUUUCUUUUUUAAAUGACGGAACGAAUAUAUCCGAGGUUGAUUGAUUAUUAUAUAUUUUUUUGCACUUUGUCCCUCUUUUGAAUCUCAUUAAAUUACUUGAUCAUAUUUAAAUAGUUGUAUUUUUGUUACUUCUCUGCAUGUUGGGGAAAAUAAAGAAUACCAAACUGAA